AUGAGAUAAAGAUAAACAUAUUAACCAAAUUAUCUACAGAUUUCUUAAUUAGAAAAACCAAAAAGAUAUGUGCAUUCAUAUGGAAAGGAACUUAAAACCCCUGAUUCAAUAAAGCCUCUAAGUGCUUUAAUGAAUUUGAGACUUUUCCUUUAUAAAACAAAAUAAAAACUAGAUUAUAAAUAAGCAAGUCAAUUUACUAGAAAUGAUCCAUUAGUAAAAGAGCAACCAUCUUUCUUAUAUAAUAAAUUGUAAAUAGAAUAGGAUAAUUAAAUAAAAUUUCAAGCAUAUUUAGAUGGAGAUUUACAAGCUGAUGAAUAUUUGACUCUAUAAAAUUACAAGAGAUUAUAUAAAAUAACAAAGAAUGAUAAUGGAUCUUUUGAUAAUACAAAUGAUGACAUUCCAUAUUAUACUUAAAGAGAAAGUGCUUUAAAAAAAUUGUAAGAGAGGAUCAUUCAUAGACAUAAUCUUAAUAAGAGAAAAAGAGGAUCAGAAAUAAGCAGUCAAAUUGAUACAUCAAAAUGUGAUACUCCUAGUAUAUAAUUAGCUAAAUAACUCAAAAAAGUUAUUAUUAGAAAACACAUGAAUAAAAUAAAUGAAGAAUUAACAGCGUAUAAAAUUAUUAUUAUUUAGAGAGAAUACUCUAAAGAAUUUAAAAAUGGUAUAAAAUGCAAACUUUGCUGUAUAAUAAUUACAGGAAACACUUGAAAAAGAUAAAUCUUUAUAAAGUAGCGUUUAAAAAAAAGUUAAUUCAACUAAGCAAUUAAAAAUAAUAACUAGAAGAAAUAAAACAGAGAUUGGUGAAGAUAAUUAAGAUAAUAGAAUAUAAUUGAGUAAUGAAAUAACUAAUUUUGCUAAUAAUACAAUUUAUGAAUCAUAAAUUAAAGAUAAAUCAAAAUAAUUAAAGUCAAAAAAUCUCAGAUUCUCUAAUGCUAAAAUGAAUCAAAUAUUUAUACAAAAAUCUUAANUAGAGAUAGCCUCCAUAUAUAUGGCCAAUUAAUAAUUAAUGCUUAUAAUUUUCUUAUUGAUCUUUAAUAUGAAUGUCUCCAUGAAUGCUCAUUAAUCUUCAUAAAAGUGCAAAUGGAGAUAUAUUUCGAAUUUAAAUGAAUGUUAAUUUUUUAGAUUAAACCAAAAAAACAUGGAUUGA